AUGUGUGGGCUUACAGCAAUCCUUUGUCUCAGGGGAGGCGCUUGCGAGAAUAAUGUCGAUCCCCAGGUUUUGGACCGUCAGAUGGAUGAGAGCCUGGAACUGGUCAAACACCGUGGCCCUGAUGCAAGAGGCCAAUGGUUCAGCCCUGACCACUGCGUAGGCCUUGGACACGCCCGUUUCUCGAUCAUCGAUCUCAGCCCUGCUGGUAACCAGCCUUUCCAUGACCAGGAAGAAACUGUACACGCAGUUGUCAACGGUGAACUAUACGACCACGAAAAGUAUCGAGAGGAGCUUGCCAGCGAGUAUGACUUCAAGAGCAACAGUGACUGUGAAAUUGUGAUUGCUCUAUAUCGUCACUAUGGUAUCUCUUUCCUUUCUAAAUUGCGUGGAGAAUUUGCUCUCGUCCUUUGGGACGCGAAACGGAAGUUGUUCUUCGCCGCCCGUGAUCGUUACGGCAUCAAGUCUCUCUAUUAUACGGUGGUCAACAACAAAUUGCUGGUGGCAACCGAGAUGAAGUCCUUCCUGCCCUUUGGUUGGCAGCCGGAAUGGUCCGUUGAGAAUCUCCUUCGGAAGGGAUGGCUGUGGGAUACUCAGCUGUACUUCAAAGGAGUACACCGGCUCGACCCUGGUCAGUAUUUGAUCAGUAGGAACUAUGGCGCCCCGGAAAUAGGAACAUACUGGGAUUUGAGCUACCCUGACAAAACAACACCCUGCCCUCUCACAGAAGAAGAGAUCAUUCUCAAGCUCAGGAAACUCUUGCUGGAAUCGGUGAAGCUGCGACUCCGUGCUGAUGUGGAGGUUGGAAUCUACCUUAGUGGUGGUUUAGACUCAUCCGCUAUUGCGGGAAUGACUGCACACCUUAUCAAGCAAGGUGAGCUUUUGGGAAACGACUCCAGUGGCGAUAUCUCAAAAAUGAGCUGUUAUACAAUUCGGUUUGGGAAGGACACCGGAGUGGACGAGUCAGACAUCGCACAACGAACGGCAGAUUGGAUCGGUGUCGACCUGCAUCCAGUGACAAUGGAUGAACAAGAAAUUGCCAGCAGGUUUGAGGACACUAUUUGGUUCACCGAGACACCAAUCCCUGAUGUCAAUGGAAUGGGCCGUGUUGCAGUAGGAGAGUUAGCGCACUCGCACGGGAAAAAGGUGAUCCUCACAGGCGAGGGCUCGGAUGAACACUUUGGGGGUUAUCCUGAUAUGUUGUCCAAGAUAUUCCUUGAGCCUGAUCUUUCAUAUCCGCCACCUCCUUUCGAGAUGCCUGAUAGCGCGAAAUUGUUCGAAGUAGGCAGGGAGGCCAUACCACCACCAUAUCCAUCACCUGCUUCAACGAAGCGAAUGCUUAAUAACUCAUCUAUAUUUUCUCGUGUCAACUCGUUUUAUAACCUGCCAUUCGCACCGUGGACGGCGAAGUACGCAAUAGACGACGAUCUUGAAACAGCAUUCGCAGAGCAUUUUGGGGCGCAGACUCUUGCCAAUAUCUCAGAGAAAUGGCACCCUUUGCAUUCGGCAAGCUACCAGUGGACCAAGUCCAUUAUGGUAAAUUACAUUCUCCGUUACAUCGGCGAUGGCGCUGAUAUGGCCCAUCAAAUUGAAACGAGACCUCCAUUCUUGGACCAUCAUGUCACAGAGUUCGCGAACCAAAUUCCCCCGAGUUUGAAAAUUCGUUACGACCCUGUCAACAAGGUCCUGCGUGAAAAAUACAUUCUUCGCGAGGCCAUGAAGCCAUUCGUUACCGAUGAGAUUAUGAACCGUACAAAACGAGCAUACUUGGGACCUUCGUCCUACAAAGAGGAUGGUCCUCUGUGUCAGGCUGUACAAAGGUUAGUCACAGAAGAGAACGUCAAGAGGCUAGGAUUCGUGGACUGGGACCAAGUACAGGACCACGUAACUAAGGGCUUCCGUGAUGGCGAUCAAAAGUGUUUCCGAAGCUCUCUCUUUGUCGCCCAGCUCGUGGUCCUGUCACAAAGAUUUGGCGUUAAAACAGCAACAGACAUUGCAUAG